ACUUUGAAAGGUCCGUAGUUUUUGAAACAAGAUAGAAUUCCUUCAAAUUUGUACCCUAAGACACCUUGGAACUUGCAUAGGACUUCACAGCAUGGUGAUACAAAAAAUAAAAGAUCAAGUGCUCACAAGGUUAAAUUUCAGGAAAGCCCUCUUGGAUGCAAGACAAAGGCGGGGUAUAAAACGAAAACAAAAGUAGCCUGAGUUAAAGAGGUCAUUUGAUUUUACUCUGCACUCAAGACUGCUCCUCUCUGCACACUGAAACAGAGUGGAGCCAUGGCUUUGGAACACAACCAGUCAACAGAUUACUAUUAUGAGGAAAAUGAAGUGAAUGGCACUCAUGACUACAGUCAGUAUGAAGUGAUCUGUAUAAAAGAAGAAGUCAGAAAAUUUGCAAAAGUUUUCCUGCCUGCCUUCUUCACAAUAGCUUUCAUCACUGGAAUUGCAGGCAAUUCCAUAGUAGUGGCAAUUUAUGCCUAUUACAAGAAGCAGAGAACCAAAACAGAUGUGUAUAUCUUGAAUUUGGCAGUGGCAGAUCUACUCCUUCUAUUCACUCUGCCUUUUUGGGCAGUGAAUGCAGUUCAUGGAUGGGUUUUAGGGAGAAUCAUGUGCAAAGUCACUUCAGCCUUGUACACGGUCAACUUUGUGUCUGGAAUGCAGUUUCUGGCUUGUAUCAGCAUAGACCGAUACUGGGCAGUAACUAAAGCCCCAAGUCAGUCAGGAGUGGGGAGAACAUGCUGGCUUGUCUGUUUCUGUGUCUGGAUGACUGCCAUCUUGCUGAGUAUACCUCAGCUGGUUUUUUAUACGGUAAAUCACAAGGCCAGGUGCCUUCCCAUCUUUCCAUAUUACCUAGGAACUUCGGUGAAAGCAUCAAUUCAAAUGCUGGAAAUCUGCAUCGGAUUUGUAAUACCCUUUCUUAUCAUGGGAGUGUGCUAUUUUGUCACAGCAAGGACCCUCAUCAGGAUGCCCGACAUUAAAAAAUCCCGACCCCUCAAAGUUCUGCUCACAGUGGUUAUAGUUUUCAUGGUCACUCAGCUGCCUUAUAACAUUGUCAGGCUCUGCCAAGUCAUAGACAUCAUCUACUCCCUCAUCACUGACUGCGACAUGAGCAAACGCAUGGAUGUUGCCAUCCAAAUUACAGAGAGCAUUGCACUUUUUCACAGCUGCCUCAACCCAAUCCUCUAUGUUUUCAUGGGAGCCUCUUUUAAAAACUACAUUAUCAAAGUUGCUAAGAAAUAUGGGUCCUGGAGAAGACAAAGACGAAAUGUGGAAGAGAUUCCUUUUGAUUCAGAAGAUCCCACAGAGCCAACUAGUACUUUUAGCAUUUAAAUGUAAAACUGCUGUCUCCUGCUUCGAUACACAUGAAUGAUGCUUCUCCUUCAGAUAAAACAUCUGCUUUAUUGUGAAACUUAAAUCUCAAACACUGUGGUGCCAAUUUACAGCAAUCAAGAGGUGGGGGAGGAUGGGGCAAAUGUAGCAGCCAGGAAGAAGAGGAAAUGAAAUAAUAAAUGUGCAAAACAUGAACUUAAAAUUAACAAUACAGGAAAAUAGUAUUAACAGGCAUAAAUAAUAAAGACAGCAUUCUGUGAAUUAGACCAUCUGAAACAGAUUAAUAAAAAGACAUAUUAAGGAGCAUUUCUGAUUUUAAAUGAUUUAAAUUUUAAUGUAAGAAUAAUUUUACUGCAUGAUUUCAGUAAUUGAAUAACUACACACAAAGUUUAAUCCUUUUUUCCUGUUUCUUAGUUUAUAAGUGAUUUCCAAAGAGCCCAGAAAGAAUAACAAUUGAACAAUCAAAAAAUACAUAAAAAGCUUUACUGGUCCUUUUAAUACAUCCCUAGUAAAUUUCAUUUUUUUUUCUUUUUAUCCCUGAUAAAUUUCUGAACACAUAAUUUGCUUCCAUGUUGUUAAUUUUCUUUAGUAAUAAACUGGCUAUCCUGUUAGAAGCAAUCUUUGAUAAUCAUAUUUACUCUAGGUGCCAAUUUUGCAAUUUCCUAAAGGGCUCAUCAUUUAUGUGAAUCUAUUACUGAGAGUUGACUAAAUACAUUUCUUAUGUAUAGAUUCUGAUUUUUUGCUUAAGCACUUGUAUUUUUAAGCAAUAAAAAUAUGUGACACAAUAAACAAUUUUUAAUAACAUGUA